GGCUUGUUAUUCCCUCUCUCGCUCUGUCUCUCGUCUUGAGCAAGUCAAGCCCUGAUAAAGGAAUCAGGAGAGUAUAAAGGGAGAGAGUUCCGGAGAGAGAGAGAGAAAGAGACAGAGUAGGGGGAGAGAGAACGUCGACGCGCCGCGCAUCACGAGAAUCGAUACGCGACGGCCGUUCCUUCCUUCUCUCGUUCCUCCCCAAAAGCUAAACGCACAUCUACGUGCGCAUGUGUGUAUAUACAUGUAUGUCUACACCAUCGAUCGCGCACAAUGCAUUUCUAAUUCCUCUAACUCAUCGUGAAGAAAUAAAAAAAAAAUUUCUAUUCAAAUUUAUUUCCCAAAAUAAUCGAGCACUCGAGAGCUUUACCGGCUACCAUACGCGGGUCAAUGCAGCUUUACAGAGAAUCCAAGGGGUUGCGAUAGGUAAAGGCCGUUGAGUAUAUGCACCUAGUGCCUGCGUAUGUACAAUACGUACGUUAUAAGGUUAUAACACACACGCGCACACACGCAUACACAGGCUAAAGAGAGAAGGGGAUGGCUGGAGCCAGGAGAGGGAGGGGCGGAAGCAAGCAUACAUGUAUAUCCAAGCAAGAUAGAGAGAGAGAGAGAGAGAGAGAAACGCGCGCACGGAUACUAUACCGUGUUGUCCGCUUUCGCGAAUAACAGAGAGUGAGAAAGAGAGAGACGCAUACACAGCGCUCGUAGAAUCGCGCGCCACCGCCGCCGCGACCGACGACGACCAGUCGACCAGUCGUUGCACAGCCAAGUACGCAGACGCAUCACGGCAGCCCAAGCAGCAGCAGCAGCAGCAGCCAGUGUUAGCAGCAGCCGCAGCCGCAGGCGAGCCUUUAUUUUAAUUAAGGGAUCUAAACAGUGAUAGCGAUCGAGGAGUAAUCAUCAUGUCGGACGACAAUUCACCGGUGGUCGAUGAACAGAAGAAGAAGAGGGGCAGGCAAGCGAAGACUGAGAAAAGCGCGGUAAAGGAGCCCAAGAAGAGGGGUAGGUCCGCGACGGAAAAGAACAACAGCCGAGGAGGCAAGUCCGACAACGAGGACGAUGCGCCAGCGGUACCUGCGAAGAGGGGGCGUGGAAGGCCAAAGAAGUCAGACAAGAAGAAGCCUGGUGCAGCGAAACCUUCGGGACGCGGUCGUGGCCGACCCAAGAAGGUAGAGGAGAAGCCCGAGAGCACCGGCGAGGAGGAAGACGAACAGGAGGAGGAGGAGGAAGAGGAAGAGAACUGAACGAGAAGGACUAUUACUCGGGGAGAUUUUUAAACACACAACGCCCUUUCUCUAUUUUCUCUCUUUCGACGACGUCGACGACGACAACUCACACUAAUCAUGUCCCCAUUCAGACUUAUAAGUUUUUGUAAUCAUAACUAGUUUCCCACUCCUCCCAUUCCUCCUCCAGCCCCCCCCCCCCCUCCCUACCUUGCCCCAACUGACGAGAUAUCAUAAUCAGGCCCUCUUCCUCCCCUUUUUGAUGGAAAGAAGAAAAAAAACUCGUAAAAACCUAGAUUCCUAUGGUACAGUUUGUGAAAGUUGAACUAUCGUUAGAAAGGGAAAGAUCGCCAGUAUGAACAAAUUAUAUUAAAACUAAUUGAUUAUACAUGUACGAGUCGGAACGCGUCGAAAUUAAAGAAAAAAAAAAUUGUAGAAGUCACGACUGAUUACUUCUGUGUAGUACAAGCUCUGCAGCGCCGUGAAUUUCUACGCGAUGUUUGAUUUUAAUCGACGAAAAUUCGUUACGAAUAUUCAUGUGGAUGAACUAUGUAUUGUUUUUGUUUUAUGAAAAUUAAUCAAUGGUGAAUGCACCAGUUUCAAUAAUGUGGUUUCGAUUUAAUUUUAUGCGAUGAGCAAAGUCUUUUGUGCACUUUCUCCUUUCUCCAUCUGUACUGUAUAUGCUGUAUCACGACUUAAGAAACUUAUUAUCUCUUGACUCUCGCGCAAGUCGAGUCCAGCCAAGUUAAAAAAAAUAAAAGUUACAACAGUGGAUGAUGCUUUGUGUAUGUCGCGGAUGCAAGAAAGAACUUUUUUCCUUUAUUACUAUGUAAGAAGUAAGUUAAAAAAGUCCUGUUUCUAUGCAAACAUCAUUUGAGUGAGUGUCAAAUUUGUAUUAAAGUAAAUAAAUUCACAGAAUAACAAUACUUGA